AUGAACCUUGCCAAUACAGUUACCCUUCAUCAACGUAUGUUCACAGAAACCAUCAAAGGAAUGCCAUAUAAACUAAUUUAUCUCUACAGCCUAAAACCAACCCAACGGCCUCCCCUUAGCCCCUCCGGACGACCAUCUAAAUCUCCAAGAUUAUCCCUACCAACACGGCCUGCAAGUAUAAAGCGGCCAUCAACCCAAGCAGAUGACAGGGAGCUGUUUAGUAAAGGCUCAAGUGUCAUUUCGGAUGAUAUUUCUGACAGCGAGGCGGACGACCUAUCUACUGAGAAGUCUGCAUCUGUUACAAACACGAAAGACCUUCUGAAGCUCUUCCAGCGGUCUCGAAAGAAGGGCCCAGAGCCGCGAAGUACUUCUGUUGAGAUUGUGGAGAGUUUUGACCCCAGAAGCACGGAUAAAGAUACCCUAGAUCUAUCUACAUGGCUAGCCGAGCUCAAAGAAGCGAUUCUACAUAGAACGGACACCUCGAAACCAGGUUAUCGCGAGAAAGCAAAACGAGAACUUGCUAGACUAUCACUACUACAGAAAGACAAUCCUGGAAUUAAGGAGAUAAAACCAGACCCGCUUGAUCUCAUAAGACCUCCUCGUUCAAUUGCAGACCGUUAUUUUGCGAUCUACCUUACUCGUGAAUAUGUUAACCUGCCAGUAUUCCAUCUCCCAGCGUUGCAUGCUAUGUAUAUUGAACUAUAUACAAGUAAAAAUUCUGGAGACGAUAAAAUUAUUUCUCUCGGCAUAUUUAACAUGAUCUUUGCACUGGGCUCUAUUGCCAUUGAUCCCUAUUUUGACGCCUCAGAUUAUUUCAACACGGCACAACGCCUCCUUCGACUAGGCUCCCUGGGGCCAGAUAGCUUCUCGACUAUCCAAGCACACAUUCUUGCCAGCCAAUACUUGAUUGCAAUCCACAACUUUCACGCUGCGUGGAAAUCUAUUGGACUUGCAAUUCGUAUUGCUGAAUCACUUCGGCUUCAUCUCGGUUCAGGAAGCCAGCAUCUUGAAGAUAGAGUCGAUAGAGAGCUUGCGAGGAGGCUCUGGCACAGCUGUAUUCUUCUAGAAAGGACGAUAGCUCUAAACCUGGGUUCAAAAACAGUUGUAACCCCACGAUCCUUCCAAACACCACUUCCAACGCCCCUUGAAAAUGAAUACAUCGACGUGAUAUUUGGGGGAAAACCCGCAGCUUCUUCUGAACGGCCAUCAAUUAUAGAGUUCUUCACCGCUUAUACCCGCCUGAUGGAGAGGUAUGAAGAUGUUGUUGCUGUGCAAGAGGAAUUUCGCCCUAUUACGCAUCACCCCCAUAAGCUAAUGGGCAUAUGUGAAUUCACCACCCUCCUAAAUGCAGAUCGGAAGCUGUGCAACUGGGUGGCCGCUCUUCCUCCUUUUUUGUUGCCCGAGAGCAAUCACUCUUCCUUAGAAAGUCCAGUUGCAAAACGACAACAUAACAUUCUCCGCGUUAGGUAUCUCAGCAUCCGACUCCUUCUGUGGCGGCCUCUUCUAGCCCUUCUUGCUGCAUCGCCGGAUCUACUCUUGGGCAAAAACACCUCUAACCGCUCAGGCGAAGCCUGCGAAAUUGUUGAUACACCUAUAAUACACACCAUAAUUCUGAAAGGCGCCUGCAAAUGCAUACUCUCCGCCCAAGAAAUAAUAAAUUGCUUGGCAGAGAAUCAACAUCCCGACGGGAAAAUUGAUCACCAGGCACCGAUACCUGACUGGUGGGAAAAUAUUACGUCGACCUUCAUUUGCGCUCUCGUGCUCCUAGCUGCUCGUCUCUGUCCCGUUGAUCUCAUCAAACAGUUACCGAGAGGCAGUAAAUCUGUGGAAGAUGCCUGGGAAAAAUGCAUUGGACUAUUUGGUGAAUAUCGAAAAUUCGAUUCCAAGGCUGGAACAUACCUAGUUGCCAUAGAGUCUCUCGCUAAUAGCGUGGCUGAGAUGGCUAGCACCAAUCCUCCCCGUGCUAAGGACAGGGAAGCAGAUGCUCAACCGAUCAAUGAUGUUACCUGGCUAGAAACGCUGCCAAAUGAUUUGCCUUGUUCAGUAUGA